AUGAAACUCAUUCUUUUGGGGUUUCUGAGUUUUUGUACUAACUCUAACGCUCUGCUAGCAGUUCAGAAAAAUGAAGCGCGAACAUAUGAGUCACUUGACGGUCUUUGGACAUUCGUUGUGGAAAAACAUAAUGGCGGGGAUAUCGGAAUUGCAAAUGAGUGGAACAAAAAGGAUCUGGCACGAUUUGAAAACGCAACUGUAAUGCCGGUUCCAUCAGCCUAUAAUGAUCUUGGAACUGACGCAAGCCUUCGUGAUCAUAUCGGAUGGGUUUGGUACGAAAAAUCAGAGAUGGUUCCGUUGAGAGAUAGCAAUUUACGACACGUUCUGCGAUUUUCCAGCGUCAAUUAUUACGCCGUUGUGUAUGUCAACUCUGAGUUGGUGACAAGUCAUGUUGGUGGUCAUUUACCUUUUGAAGUUGAUAUUACAUCAUUUGUAAAGUUUGGAACUAAAAAUAAGUUUACUGUCGCUGUUAAUAAUACACUUUCCUGGACCACAAUACCACAAGGAGAUUUCAACUACCAAAAAUUAUCGCCACGGAAUAUAAGCAACCAAAUUAUUUCUCGAUUACCGGAAGGAGCCUUCAAAAAUAUUGGAAAUUUUGAUUUCUUCAAUUAUGCGGGAAUUCUGAGAAGCGUCUUUUUAGUAAAAUUACCGUCGGUAUACGUGCACAACAUUAACAUAGUGGCCGAUCACACGGGAUCGUUUUAUUUCGAAGCAGCCGUCGCUAAUCUUGAUGAUUCUCGCGUUGAAGCAAAAAUUUAUGAUCCAAACGAGAAUAUUGUUUUCGUCAUGAAUGGAACAAAGGGAGAAGGAGUUAUUGAGAACGUCAAACUUUGGUGGCCAAGAGGCAUGGGUGAUCCAAACCUUUAUACUUUAGAGAUCGCCGUUUUGAAUGGAAACGCAAUAGUAGAUGUUUAUCGAGAAAUAUUUGGAUUCCGUACGGUUUCCUUAACAACAACACAAAUUCUAAUAAACACGAAACCAUUUUACUGUUUGGGAUUCGGAAUGCAUGAGGAUUUUGAGCUAAAUGGACGCGGUUUUAACCAAGUCGUAAUGACAAAAGACCUCAACCUUCUAGAAUGGAUGGGGGGUAAUUGUUAUCGUACAACUCACUACCCAUAUGCAGAGGAAAGGAUGGCUGAAAAUGACCGACGGGGAAUUGCAGUCAUCGUCGAGACGCCUGCAGUGGGGCUGAAAGGAUUUUCGAAGGUUAAUAACAACUUACACAUAAAAAUGCUAACAGAUAUGAUUGACCGGGACAGGAAUCACCCUUCAGUGAUCGCAUGGUCGCUUGCAAAUGAACCAAUUACCAGCAAAAAAGAAAGCCGACACUACUUUAAGAUUCUCGUUGAAACCGCCCAUGGAAUAGACAAAACACGGCCAGUGACCACAGUUUACGGCCCGACAAACUUUGACAAUGAUCAAACUGCCGAUUUGAUGGAUUUUAUUUGUGUCAAUCGGUACUACGGAUGGUACAUCGAUAUGGGAUACUUGAAUUGGGUCAAUCAAAGUGUUUAUUGGGACUUGUCUCUGUGGAAGGAGACAUUCAAGAAACCCAUCAUAGUUACCGAAUAUGGCGCUGACAGUUUACCAGGAUUAAAUCAGGAGCCUUCUAUAAACUUCUCGGAGCAAUAUCAAGAACAAAUUAUUCGCGAAACUCAUCAUGCUUUUGACGCUCUACGUCGAGACCAUUCUAUUGCUGGUGAAAUGAUCUGGAACUUUGCUGAUUUCAUGACCGGGAUGACAACAACACGAGCUGUUGGCAAUCAUAAAGGAAUUUUUACAAGAACGCGACAAGCGAAAAUGGCGGCUUACACAUUGCGUCAAAGAUAUCUUCGACUUCACGCUCAACAUAGUUUGGAGUUAUGGUCGUAG